GAAAUUCUCGACCUACCUGAAAGCUUGGCGUUACACGUUGGAUGCUGACGGGUCCAUGUUCAUCCAGAAGAACGAGCUCUUUCGGGCGGUGAAGGAGCUCAGCUGGCAAGGCGAUGUGCGGCUGCUUUGGAAGGGCCUGGACAAGGAUGGCAGCGGAAUCACCCCGCUACAGGAGCUGGAUCUCAAGAGCGCAGAACAGCUCGCGAAGUUUCGGCAGCAAUGCUUUGAGAAGUUCGGCAGCAUGGAGGAGUUCUUCAAGGCUAUAGAUGUCUACAAGAAGAACAAGAUUACCAGGGCCGAGUUUUUGCAGCAAUGCAAGCGCCAUGGCUUCACGCGAGUGGACAAGGCGUUGGUCCAUGGCCUGGACUGGCAGGGAAGGAAUAUGCUCACCAUCGACGAUUUCAAAUUCCUGGAGUCCUGGCGCUGCCCCCGCUAUUUGACCUGCAAGGCUAAUCCGCAGGCAGCCCAGGAGUACAAGGAAGACCUUCUGCGCAAGUAUCCUUCCUACCUGACUGCCUGGCGCCAGCUGCUGGACCGGGAUGGGAGCAAUGUAGUCGCUUGGGACGAGUUCGAGAGCGCGGCCCAGCGAAUUGACUUCGAAGGCGACCUGGCUGGAGCCUGGCGCUGCUUCGAUGCGGAUGUCUCUGGAAGCAUCUCCCUCCGUGAGCUGGAUCCAGUCUCAUCUGAGAUCUUGGAAGAGUUCAAGAAUUGGGCAGACGAGGAGUUUGGGGGUGUCCGGGCAGCUUUCGAGAUCUUGGACGAGGACAAGUCAGGCGGUUUCACGCAUCGGGAGUUUGUCAAGAUGCUCCGGUCGUAUGGCUUUCGAGGGGACUGCAAGGCCCUUUUCGCGACCUUGAGCGGUGGUGGGCAGGACUCGGUGACGCUGCAUGAUAUUGCCUUCCUUGAUCUCUGGGACGAUGAGGAGGAUAGUUCCGAGGAUGAGCAGAAGCCGGAGAAGCAGGAGCAGGUGGCGCCAAAGAAGCCCCCCAAGAUCUCUCAGCGUCUCCACGAGCUGGCGCGGACAAAGAGAUCCCGGCUGCCACUGCUGGCAGAGACUUCAAAGUCUACCCUGCAGAGUGGAUGGACUGCCACCACAAACCUCUCCAAGCCCCUGAUGCUCAAGUCGGUCUACGGAAGCUUACCAGGUUUGAAGGCAUUCCGGGCCAUCUCCAAUCACACGGAGUCUGACUUUGGCGCUACGUCGUUCUUCUUCCACGAGCUGCCCAGGACCACGUUGCGGAAGAUGCGUGUGCAGGCAAUCAAGGACGAGAUCCUUUGCGAGGAUGAGAUCAGCGAAGAUGUUCAG